UUGUUAGAAUAAAUUAGAUCUUCGUAAAGAAUCGUGAUGGAAAUGCACAGAGAUUACCUACUCAGCGGGUGGGAGUGCUUAUAAUAUUUAUAUCAAUAAAAGCUGCCAGUACCUGAAAUUAUCAAUUUAACCUUCCUGAUAGCCCAUGAAAGUUGUGGGCACAAUCUUGUGACAACAGUUGCCGCGUUAACAGUUUUUCGGCAGCUGCUUGUGGUAACGUAGUGAACAAGAAUUGGCUUGGUAAAAGCGUAAAGAGAGAGCGUAGCACUCUACUAUUCAAUAACAUAGUAGCCAUAGUAGACAAAGCCCCAAAAUGCAGCCACCGCCGCGAAAGGGUAACUAUGUGAAAUUCUUGAAGAAUCUGCACACGGAGCAGGUGGCCAAGUUGCAGCUGAAAAACCAGCAUGAGUGCGACCUGCUGGAGGACAUACGACAGUUCACCAUCAAGCGAUCGGCCAUCGAGAAGUCGUAUAGCGAGGCCCUCCUGAAGAUCUCGUCGCAGUAUCUCAACAAGAAGAUACCCAACAUUCCUGACAUCAAGAUGGAGGGCAUGGAAGAGCGUUGGAACAUGUGGAGUGUGUGGCGCACAGUUCUCGAGGAGAAUGAGAAGCUGGCCCGUGCCCGCCUGGCCGCCAUCGAGGUGUUCCAGCAGCAAAUCGCCGACGAAGCCAAGGUCCUCAGGGACUACAAAUUGGCUAUUGCCAAGAGAUCGCUUUCAGGCAUCGUCAACGUGCAGAAGGAACUCCAUUUGAGUGUGGGCGAUGUGGACAAGACAAAGAAGUCGUAUUUUGAUGAGGAGCACUGUGCCCACGAUGUGCGCGACAAGGCUCGCGACAUCGAGGAGAAGCUGAAGAAGAAAAAAGGCUCCUUUUUCCAGUCGAUCACAUCGCUGCAGAAGAACAGCGCACGGGUCACCUCUCGGAAAGAGCUGCUCGAAGAGAAGUCGAGUGGAGCUCGAAACGAUUACAUACUCAGCCUGGCCGCAGCCAAUGCGCAUCAGAAUCGUUAUUUUACAGUCGAUCUGCAGACCACGAUGACCACCAUGGAGAACUAUGUGUUCGAGCGAGUGGCCGAGUACCUGAUGCUAAUGGGACGCACAGAGCUGCUGACCUGCUCGGCCACGCAGAACAGUUUCGGGAAGAUUCGCGAUCAGGCCCAGCAGCUGACGCGGGAAUACAAUCUGCAGUGCUGCUAUCUGUUCUAUCCGGUGCUUAAGCAGCAUAUCCAGUAUGAUUUUGAGGCUUGUGACAACGAUCCGGUGAGAAAGGUGACCACAGAGCAUGAUUCGGCCACGGAGACGCUCACCAAGGAGGCCAAGAACUUGGCGGGACGGGUGGUUAAGGAGAACGCCUCCAUAAGGGAGAACGCCAAGAAGCUGGCCCUCUGUCAGUCGCUGAGGGACUCGGGACAGCGAUCCGAUCCCAACGAUCCUAAUGGUCCCGAUCUGGACACCAAGAUCGAGGAGUUCCGUGAUCAGAUACGCCGCUCCGAGACCGAGAAGGCCAAGGCCGAGGCCUGUCUGCAGUGCCUGCGCGACGGCGGCAUCAAUGUGGACGAGUGGGUGCAGGAGGCAGAGAUUAUGGGCGUGCAGGAGCUAACGCGCUCGGCCAGCUCCAUAUCUAUGCGCACCGAUGCCUCGGGCCAGGGCGAGAAUCCUAGCUCAGAUUCCUUCUACGACAGCGACAAAGAGGAGGCGGCCGGCGGUGCCUCGGCGUUUGCUCAGACAAAGCCCAAAGCUGAGACGCAGCUCUCUAGGGAUCGCACAUUCAGCGACAGCGAUGAUGAGCCCGAGGAGCGUGCGGCAACUGGAUCUUCUGCAGCAGCUGCUGCUGCCGCAGCUCCUACCACCGCAAUGGCAGCCAGCGGUAGAGCUGGAGCCUGGGACGAUCCAACCGAGGUGAAUUGGGGAGGCGAGGAGGAGGAGGACAAGGACGAACCGAUUGUACCCGAGCCCAAAGAAGCAAUCUUCAAGUGCACCGCACUCUACAGCUACACGGGGCAAAAUCCCGAUGAGCUGACAAUUGUCGAGAACGAGCAGCUCGAGGUGGUCGGCGAGGGUGACGGCGAUGGGUGGCUGCGGGCCCGCAACUAUCGGGGAGAAGAGGGCUAUGUGCCGCACAAUUAUCUGGACAUUGACCAGGAGACGGCUGGCGGCGCUUUUAAUGGUACUGGUUCCGCCAAUCAAUUGCGCUCUCAAAUCUCAUUCUCAUCUGUCGAUUACACCGUUGACAACGAAGAUCAAACGGUGGACUCGAUGCAAUCCCCCGACCAGGUAUCGGUCAUAAUGGCCCCCCAGAAGCAGCUCAAGUCCGACGUCGAAUGGUGCAUUGCGCUCUACGACUACGAUGCCACCGCCGAGGAUGAGCUCACCUUCGAGGAGGGCGACAAGAUCAAGAUCGUCACCAAGACGGCCCACGGCGUCGACGAUGGCUGGUGGGAGGGCGAGCUAGAUGGAAAGUUUGGCAACUUCCCUUCCCUGGUCGUCGAGGAGUGCGACGAAAUGGGCGAACCGCUGAGCGAGGGCGGCGACGAAUCACCACCCCCAAUGGCAGCCCCGAACUUUGCCCUGCCCCCGGCACCAGCACUACCCCCAGAGUAUGCCCACGAGCUGGAAUUGGAGCUUACAGAGGAUAUGUUCGGCUCGCAGGAUACGGCAGAUGAAGAUAGCGGCUAUAUACCCAACGGUGCGGCUGUUCCGAGUAUGCCUCCGCCAGGCCAGAACCAAAGCCAAACCACUGCCAAGAAGGUACUCAUCCAAGAGCCUGGCAUGGAGGACGAUCUCAGUGACGAUGGGCAGCCACCGCCAUCUUUGCCGCCGCCGCAGCUGCAAAAGGCUGCUGGCAAAUCAGAGCCUGGCGCUGGUGGCGCCACAGCGAACACGUUGAACUUAGGUAUGGCACAAAUAAUUGUUACCGCUGCAACCCCCAUGGUUGAAGACGGUGCCGAUAAAUCUUUCCCACCAGUAGGAGAGAGCGAAAGAGAGCAGCAGCAGCAUGUGAAGAAGCAGGACGAGUCUAAGCAGGAACAGCCGGUGGCGGAUAAAAAGCCAGAGAUAUCGCCAAAGCCAUUGGUCAAAGUAUCGCCAUCGCCACAGAAACAGCCGCCAUCCCAGGCGGCCCAGUCGUCAAUGACGGCUGCAAAAGAAGAGGACCAACAGUCCUUCUCGGAGGGCACCGACUCGGCCUCGGGCAACAAUGUCCCCAUUCUGCAGGAGGUCGAGGAUCCUUUUAACGAGAAGUCAAAAACCGACUCGGCUGGAGAUGGAACUGGAUUUGAGGCUAACUUUGAGGCCAAUUUUGAUGCCAACUUUGAUGAUGCCUUUGCUGGAACCGCAGGCGGAGGAGGUGGGGGCGGUGGGGGUGGAGGCGAACAGUCCAGCGAUUUGGAUGUGAACGGACAGCCGGGCGAUGAACAGGAGCAGGGUCACUGCGAGGGCGUUUCAGCAGCAGGAGCCGGAACCGGAGCUGGAGCAGCCGGAGCCGCAGCCGAAGAGGACAUUGAGGCGCCCAAGCAGGUGGUCGGCGGGCGAGCUAGCAUACCCGAGGAAUUGGACUCAAAUCAAUUGGCACACGAUCAUGAGCAUGAUAUAUACUAUAUAGACUAUAGCGACGGACAGUUGUAGAGCGGAUCCAAGCGGAACACCACCUCCAGACACAGCCACUUUGAAUGCAUAAUAGGCUCACACACAAAACCAAACACCAACCACCCACAACCAACCUACAUCCAGAUACAGACUUAGACGGACUUCAAUCUAGCAGUUUAACGAUCGGGAAACGGGAAUAAACCAAAGUCGGCAGCCUAUCCAUCAAAAUUCCAAUAGAAUCACAACAGAAACCCAAUUUGUUGCUGGUUUAUUUACGUUUCUCGAGCCACAUACAACGACACAACAGCAGGUCUUCAGAUAACUCAUAUGAAAUAUACUUAUACCGUAUAUAUAUAUAUAUAUACUGUACGAUAGAAGUUAAAGAUCCUCUUACCACCCCUCGCAUCACGUACAGCGCUCAAAUUGUGUACAUCCAUUCAAAAAUACUUCUGACUGCCUCCGGGGUUAUAGUUAAACAACAACUGGGCCUUCAUUAACAAAAACAUAAAAAGAAACCACCAUACGUUAUACAUUAUAUAUAUAUAAAUAUAAACUAUAUAAAUAUAUAAUUAAUUAUUCUAGUUUGUAAAGUGUUAUACUCUCAGACACGUAUGGAAUAUAUAUAAAUAUUGUAAACGGGUUUAUGUAGCACUCAGACACAGAAACGGUCUUCGAAUAUCAGCAUCCUCAACUAAUCGAGCAAUAAUAUGUAUUGUAUAUAUAUCUAAGUCCAGUAUUUUAGCAGUCUUACGAUAAACAUUGUGCUUGAUCCGAACCGUAUUGUAUUGUAUUAGCCAAGUUAACAGCAUUAAAACCAAACCACAAACAGCCAAGAAGAGUUCUACCAA